GACGCUCCACUUCCUCCCAGGAAGUCCCCGUUGAGAACGAGGCGCGUCGUCAGGCUGGUCGGGAACCAGCUGCCGCUGCCUGGAGGGAGUCUCUGCUGCGCCGGCCAUGAGAGGAAGCGGACGCCCCCCCGAGGGUCCGGUCCAGAGUCCCCGGCGGGCCUCGUACCGCUGGCUCCAUUACAGGAAGCCCUGGUGGAGAUCCGACCCCCGGCCGGCUCCCGAGCAGCCAUUGGACGGCUACGAGUGGAGGACGUCUGCUCGCCUGGAAACCAAGAUGGCCGCCCCCGAGGGCGUAGGGCGCACCGCGGAGCCUCUUCACCUGAGGCUGCUCGGCCUCCAGAGGUCCAACGCGGCCCCGCAUGACCGGAUCAAAGAUCGACCCCACGAGGGCCAGGAGAGGCCCGGAUCUCUGCGCAGGAUCCUGCCCUACAUCAGGUCCUGGUCUGAGCCCGGUGCAGGCGGCGGGCCGGUCAGGACUGGGGGGUCGGAGCGGAGAACCCCUUCCGUCAGCAGCUUCCUCACAUCGGUCUCUCGGAGGAUCGGCGGCGUCCUCGGGGAGCGACCGGAACCUGACGAGUCUGGUGCGAGACACCCGGUCCACCCCAUCCAUGAUGAUGUCAAAGGGCCUCCGGCUCACCGCUUCUCCUGCGGUCAGAGUCCGGCCGGCGGCGGCUGGGACAGGAAGUUCUGCCUGCUGACGGACAGCCAGCUCAUCCUGCUCAACGAGGCUGCAGGUGAGGCUCAGGUGAGCCCCACAGUCUCUUCAAAGGGGCGGAGUCUCCGUAGGACCGUCAGCGUCCCCUCAGAGGGACAGUUCACAGACUUCCCAGCAGAGGGCGCCGCUGCCAUGCUCGGGUCUUGUGUCUCUGCAGAAGCGUGUUCGGAGCGCUCCCCGAGGAGGAGGAGCAUCUCCGGCCCGGGGAGCUCGGAGAAGAACGACAGCCCCAGCUCGUCGCCUUUCAAAGUGCCGGGUUUCUUCAGUAAGCGUCUCAAGGGGUCCAUCAAGAGGACGAAGAGUCAGACCAAGCUGGACCGGAACACCAGCUUCAGAACCCGUGGGCUCCCCGAGCUGAAGGAGUCCUCCUCCCACGAGUCCCUCCUGAGCCCCGGCAGCGCGGCGGAGGCUCUGGAGCUCAGCCUGGAGGAGGAGGUGCUCAUCAAGCCGCUGCACAGCAGCAUCCUGGGGCAGGACUUCUGCUUCGAGGUGACGUACUCUGGAGGCAGUAAGUGUUUCAGCUGCUCGUCGUCCUCUGAGAGAGACAAGUGGAUGGAGAACCUGAGGAGAACCGUGCAGCCCAACAAGGACAACUGUCGCCGGGCGGAGAACCUGCUGCGUCUGUGGAUCAUCGAGGCCAAAGACCUGCCGCCCAAGAAGAAGUACUUCUGCGAGCUGUGCCUGGACGACGUCCUGUACGCCCGGACCACCAGCAAGACCCGGCAGGACGGGCUGUUCUGGGGCGAGCACUUCGACUUCUGCGGCCUGCCGGCCACGCGCAGCCUCACCGUGCACGUGUACCGCGACCCGGACAAGAAGAAGAAGAAGGACAAGAACAACUACGUGGGUCUGGUGAACAUCCCGGUGGCCGGCGUGAUGGGCCGGCAGUUCGUGGAGAAGUGGUACCCGGUCAGCACGCCCACCGCCAGCAAGGCCAAGGGAGGGGGGCCCUCGAUCCGCAUCAAGUCCCGCUUCCAGACCAUCUCCAUCCUGCCCAUGGAGCAGUACAAGGAGUUCGCCGAGUUCGUCACCAACAACUACGCCAUGCUGUGCUCGGUGCUGGAGCCCGUCAUCAGCGUCAGGAACAAGGAGGAGAUGGCCUGCGCGCUGGUCCACAUCCUGCAGAGCACCGGGAGGGCAAAGGACUUCCUGACGGACCUUGUGAUGUCGGAGGUGGAACGCUGCGCCGACCACGAGGUGCUGAUCUUCAGGGAGAACACGCUGGCCACCAAAGCCAUCGAGGAGUACCUGAAGCUGGUGGGACAGAAGUACCUGCACGACGCACUUGGUGAGUUCAUCAAAGCUCUCUACGAGUCGGAUGAGAACUGUGAGGUGGAUCCCAGUCGAUGCUCCAGCAGUGAACUGGCUGAACACCAGAGUAACCUGAAGAUGUGCUGCGAGCUGGCGUUCUGCAAGAUCAUCAACUCCUACUGCGUGUUUCCUCGGGAGCUGAAGGAGGUGUUUACGGCGUGGAGGCAGGUGGGCGUCGCCCGCGGCCUCCCGCAAGACGCCAGCCGGCGCCUCGUCAGCGCCGCUCUGUUCCGGCGCUUCCUGUGUCCGGCCGUCACGUCGCCGCCGCUCUUCAACCUGAUGCAGGAGCAGCCGGACGGCCGCACCUGCAGGACGCUGACGCUCAUCGCCAAGGUCCUCCAGAACCUCGCCAGCUGCAGCCAGUUUGGAAACAAAGACGAGUGUUUGGCCUUCAUGAACGACUUCCUGCAGCGCGAGUGGGCGGGGAUGACGCGCUUCCUGUCGGAGAUCUCCAACCCGGAGACGCUGUCCAACACGCCGGGCUUCGAGGGCUACAUCGACCUCGGCCGCGAGCUGUCCGUCCUGCACGCUCUGCUGUGGGAGGUCGUCUCCCAGCUCGACAAGGGUGAAAAUUCCUUCCUGCAGGCCACCGUAGCGAAGCUGGGUUCGCUGCCGAGGAUUCUGGGAGACAUCUCGCGCUGCCAGUCGGCGCCCGUCCAGCAGCAGCUGAGACGCUUUCAGGACCACAACAUCAGCGGCAGCCUGUCGUCAGGGUUACAGCGGAUCUUUGAGGACCCCGGCGACAGCCUGCGGUCUCCGGCGGGCGACGGUCACCCUCGCGGUCAGCGCCCCCUGCUGGCUCAGCAGCACCCGUCCGCCCACCACAGCUUCUCGGACCACGAGGAGCGAGACCACCCGCUGCCCGGGCGCAGCGUCUCUCUGGUGGACCUGCAAGACGCCCAGAUCCUGCACGGCCUCGCGGGGCCGCCGCACCAUGAGGCCCCGCCCCGCCUCAGCAGGGCGGGCUCCCAGGCCUCCGUCGGACACGGCCCGCCCCCCCAGCUCAACUACCCCCACUCUAACCCUCUCACCCCGCAGCAGACUAGGGCCCCGCCCAGAGACGGGCCGCCGCAGAGCGCGCCGCAGGCGAGGCGGCCACUGCACCCGGCGCUCGGCCAGCAGCGCGGCCUGCAGCCGCUGUCCUUCCAGAACCCCGUGUACCACCUGAGGAGCUCCGCCCACAGCCGGGCCGCUCGCUCUGCCCACUCCAGCUCGGAGAACCUGAGCACCGAGAGCUCGCACGACAGCCGCGGCGACUCCGACGACCUGGGCGGACAGGUGGGGGUCAAAGGUCGCGCGCCGUCCGGCAGCAGCCUGGACGAGUCGGGCGGCAGGCGGAGCGAAGCGCGGAGCGAGGAGUGUUCCACGCCACAGCGGCACGCUCCGCCCGACCUGCUGCCCGGCGCCGCCACGGCGGUCGCCGUCCCUCGCCAGAGCACGACGGCGGGCACCGCCCACAUUGUCAAGGUGGAGCAGCAGAGCAGGGGAGGGGGCGGGGCCAGGACGCCGCGCUCCCUCCCUCACGGCACCUCGCUACGCAGCAGCGCCAACGCAGAGCCCGCGCCGCACGCCGUGGAGAACGCGGCUCCGCCCCCGAAGAGCGUCACCAAGCAGCCGCAGCAGGGGGAUGCGGCGAUGUCUCCGGUGGAGAGGACGGCAGCCUGGGUGCUGAACAACGGCCAGUACGAGGAGGAGGAGCAGGAGGAGCAGGAGGAGGAGCAGGAGGAGGAGGGAAGGGAGAGGAGCAGGGAGGACGGCAAGAACACUGAGAAGUAUGAGCAGGAGAUCUCCCGGCUGAAGGAGCGCCUGCGGGUCUCCUCCCGCCGCCUGGAGGAGUACGAGGAGCGGCUGCUGUCUCAGGAGGAGCAGAUGCAGAAGCUGCUGCUGGAGUACAAGCAGCGUCUGGAGGAGAGCGAGGAGCGGCUGAGGAGGCAGCAGGAGGAGAAGGAGAACCAGAUGAGGAGCAUCAUCUGCAGGCUGAUGGCAGUGGAGGAGGAGCUUAAACAGGACCACGCAGAGAUGCAGGCGGUGAUUGAAGCUAAACAGAAGAUCAUUGACGCUCAGGAGAAGCGGAUCGGCUCGCUGGACGCGGCGAACUCGCGGCUGAUGGCGGCGCUGACGCAGGUGAAGGAGCGCUACAGCGCGCCCCACCCACACAACGGCCUGUCGCCCAGCAACCCCACCAAGCUGUCAAUCACUGAGAAUGGAGAGUUCAAGAACAGCAGCUGCUGAUUGGCCGGACGGGACGAGAGGCGGGGCUUAAACUCUGAAAUAACGAUCAGAGCGAGAGAGUCUAUAAAUACGAGUGUAAAUAGUGUGUGUGUGUGUGUGUGUGUGUGUGUGUGUGUGUGUGUGUGUGUGUGUGGAAGAAACAAACCAAAAACAAAAACGCACUCGAGUUUUCUAACAGAUUUGUUUUAUUGUUCUUAUUUUAAAGAUUUUUGUUUGAGGUUUUGUUAAGUUUAUAUAUUUUUAUUUUUACCCGACGAGUUCUUUUGGGGUUUUUAAUUUAUUCCUCCACGUCGUCUCCUUGUUGCUGAUCUACUGAACAGACCCCUGUAGGGUCAGGGUCAAAGGUCACUCACCUGUCGGCUGUCCCACCUUGAGAAUAAAAGCUGCCAGAUGGUU